CAGGCCACCCUUGUCCAUAUCAGUACUGCAGAAAUUGUGUAGUGUUAUAAUGUUAUUGUGCAGGAAUCUGCAUGUAAGGGGUUAGUGUUUACAUGGUGUCAAUUUCCUGUUUCUUGCACCACUUCUCUGGAGAUUCCAAAGAACUGAAACCCUGACACACAAUCCCACACUCACAAACAAAGCCUUCCUUAAACGUUUCAUUUGAGUCAGCUUUAAAGGAAACCUGCAUAUCAGUUGAAGUGAGAAAUCUUCCUGCUGCUGUCCACUUUGGGCGAGAACUACACUGCUGUUUCAAAUUGAGUGAGGGAAUUCCAGUGAAACUUGGUUAUUUAAUUUCCACACUGCCUGCUCUCACAACAUGGAUCUUAUCUUCGUCUUCCCACUGAUACUUGCACUGAUUUCCUGUGGACAGAGUCACACUGAGGGGACUGAACAAACUAAUGGUUCAUGUUACAACUUAUGCCCAGCUGGAUAUCAUAAAGUUGGUAACUGUGAUGAUCAAGUUAAAAAGUACAAAUGCAAGAAAUGUGAGGUUGGCUUCUACACAGACAUAGAAAACUACAUAGAGAAAUGCCUUAGGUGUGACUUAUGUAAUCAUGAUGAGAUGGUACUAAGGCCCUGCUCCUUUAAUAGCAACAUAGUGUGUGCCUGUAAACAUGGAUACUACAAUUUAGGGUCUGACCAUCUGAGGGAAUGCAUGAAAUGUUCCUGUAGAACAUGUCCAAAGAACGAUGACUACAGAAGGAAGUGUCUGAAGCAGAAGAUUGGGACAGACAAAACAUAUCAACUGUGACAAGAACACAGGACAACAAAUCAAUCAGAAAUAAUAUAGAAUGCAUAUAUUUACUGCGGUGAUAGCUUACAGUGUAUAUCAGCACCAUUAUCAAAUCUAAACACAGUGUCUGGCUUAUAAAAUGUGCUCAUGUAUGUGUAAACCACAUUGUUAUUACUGAGUUUCGGUAGAAUUGCACGACUAGAUGUGUCAUAAUCGCUGUUUGGUUCCAGGGUUUUGAGUUGAAGAUUGAUUUUUUAAAUUUUUGGUAUUUUUAUUUAUAUUUUUGUUCUGUGUUUAGGGUUUGUUUUCAAUUUACUCUGUUGUGGAUUUUCAGUUAUUUUUUAGUAUUUUGAGUCUCCAGAUCUGGUUAAAUUGUCAGGAUCCCUGGGUUUUCCCUUGUCUAGUUCCCCUUUGACUCGUUAUCUUGUAAAUAUUUAUUGUCUGCGUCAUCCACUGUUCAUUAUCACACGCUCCCUCACAGACGUGUGCUCCUUGCUGGGUGUUUCCCAAAUUCCCUAAAAGUGGUUUUUCCAGUGGUUCGUUUUGAACUUGUUUUAACUGCCACCAGUAGAGAUUUUAUUUUAUUUUCCAUUUCUCUAGUCCUGCACAGCACUACAUUAUAUAACUUUCUUUCUUUUCUUUUUCUUUUUAAUGGUUUGUUUCUGCCACUGGAAAGUACCUUUUUUAUCAUAAGUCAAAAUUUUGGGUUUUUAUCUGAAAGCUCUGACUUAAAAACCUCAAAAUAUUGAGUUAUUUUCUCCAUUUUUGAGUUAUUGUCUCAGAAAUUUGAUUUAUGAAGUUUAGAUUUUGAGAUAAUCUGAAAUUCGCUGUUCCAAGGAUUUCCACACUUCAUCAGUGCCCUCGCUCAUCCACUAAUCAUUUGGUGGUAAUUUGGUACUUACUUGUGUCUGGUUUCAUUUGUUUAGUUGCAUUUCCUCCCCUAUCACAAUCUAGAUUAAGCUCACCUGCAUAAAAAUGUGUAUAAAUAUCCCUGCCUUUGUUCUUUACCAUCUUGUACUGUUUAGUCUUCUUUAUGUUGGGGCUUCUCUUCGUUCUUGUCCUUGUUUUGGAUUAACAAUUAACAAUAACCGCUUUUGGAGUUUUUCUCACUGUUUGUUUAGAUUACAGCUAGAUUACAACACUCGUUCUUUGUUUAUUGAAACUCAGUCUCUGUCUUGUGUUUUGAGUCUAUAUGGAUCAAUAAGUGUAUGUGCUCAUAUGA